GGGUUCCUGAAUAAAUAGAGACAAGAAACGAAUCUCCCUUAUUUACAUCAACAAAUCCUUAUUAUUUUUAUGGAGGAACUUGGAAGAAUACCAUAACAACUCUCAUAUACCUUUGUCUUUCCUAUUUCCUACUCUAUCAGGAGAAAAAACGCUCACGCAUGUGGGUGCGCCUACACCCAACAACUGCCAAACCCUCCUUCUUUCCACUCUUCCCUGUAACCCAAUCGCAGAUUCUGUUUUUGGUAGCUCUAAUCAAAUCAAGAUCGUGUCUUUCUUCAAGAUUCAGUGUUAUUGCUCCCCUGCGUCAACUGGGUUUCCGCCAAUUUUCAGUUACUCCUCUUCGGCUCUGCUAGAUUAUUCAAUUCCCAAUUCGCUUUUCCCCUUUUUCUUUAUUAUUGUUGGUUGGUGAGAUUUCCUCGAGUUUUCGAGGUUGGCGAGGGUCAUUGUUAGACGUCCUUUCCUUCCACCGGUGUGAUCAUUCCUUGGUUCAGAUUUCUGUAUGCGACGAUGAUUUCUAUGCCCCGGUUGCUGUGGUUGCUGUUGUAUAUGGUGAAUUUGUAGGUCAUGAAAUUCGUCAAGAAGGGAUUGCUUGGUGACGCGUAAUUGGGAUUUGGAAAGUGUAUCAUUGGUUUUUGGAGUCAUUAAAUUAGAUCAGAGGUGUUUUAUUUGUUGAUUUUGUGGAAAAUUACAUUUUGUAUUGCAUAAUUUGAUGGUUGGUCUUGCGAAUAGGAGGGUGAGGAUCUAGGUAGGUUGUGGUGGUUUGUGUUUGUACUAGUUGGGAGGUGGUGUUUCUGCAAUUUAUUUGCAAUGUCUGGUGGAACACCGCGAGGGAGUGGUCGAUUUAUGAGGCAGAGGCAUAGCCAGGGGUAUUCAAGCAGUGGUGAUGACCUUGAGGAUGAUGCAUGUUCGAGGCACCGUCCCUUCUUGUCCCCUAGUCAUCCACCAAAGACGUGGAUUGAGAUGCUGGAAAAUUUUCUUUGGCUUGCUUCUGCUGCUUUUGUUGUGUACUUUGGCGAUCAAAAAUCCAAUAUGAUACAUCUUUUGUGCCAUGACAAUCGAAUUAAAAGACUGCCUUUGUAUCUUGGGAUGAUAGGUAUUGGUUUGAAUACAAUGAUUUUCAUUUAUACAACUUUCUUGGCCUGGAGUGCUCGAAGGUUUGAUGAAAAAUGGGGAUUUAAAAAAUGGGAAAUAACAACCUUAUCUGUGCUGCCAUUCGCCACGGCAUUUGGAAUAAUCUCCUUUUGCUUGUUCUCCUUUGCUUUGUGGCCAAUAUGGAGUUUUUUGACACUUCCUCUUCUGUUUACACUAUUUAUGGCAAGCAUGAUAAUAAUCCCUUACCUCAUUAUUGGGACACUGCGGCCUGAAUACUAUGAUGAACUCCGUACAGAUUAAGCCCUCUCAUGAUUGAAGCGAGGAAUAGUACUGACUUAGAUGAUAAGAGUUUCUAACACAUGUCAAUGAAUGAGUGAUUGGUUGUUAUGUUGUUUGAAGUUUUGUCUCCGACUAGCAUGAUGUGUAUUACAUGUUAUGCUUUCCUAAACCGGCGCUAACAGUGAGCUAAUAUUCUUUUCAUCCAUACUGUUUCAUUAGGUUAGAGUGAUGGUAAUGCGGCUACAGGUACAGAUAUAGGACUUGUUGCUAAAAUAUUCAGUUCUAUCAGUUGGUUGGUUACCUUCGUUUUAUGAUAUCAUAGCAGCAUUUUUACAC